UAUUCAUUACCGCAGAUAAUAGGAACCAAUUUUUUUUUUUUCAGGUCCUAAAAGACUGUUUUUUUCAACAGGUGAGAAACAGUCAGUAGCAGAAAAACCUGCAAUGAGGUCCCUGAAUUCAACCUCCUUUUUGAACACCACUAUUGUGCGUCCUGAGUUCUUUUUCAUACGUGGUCUCGCUGGUAUUCCCCACACAAAAUACUACUAUUUCUUCUUGUGCUUCGUUUAUGCUGUGACUCUACUGGCGAACACUUUUGUCAUGCUUAUGAUUUACACCGACCACUGUCUUCACAGUCCGAAAUACAUUGCAGUGUUUAAUUUGGCUGUGUCUGACUUGUGUGGAAGCACAACACUCAUUCCUCAGUUGAUCGACACCUUCUUGUUUAAAUCACAGCUAAUAGCCUUCGAGGCCUGCCUGACUAACCUGUAUUUUAUUUAUGUCUUUUACGCGAUGCAGUCUCUCACUCUCACUAUUCUUUCCUAUGAUAGAGGUGUUGCUAUAUGCUUCCCACUGAGAUACAAUGAGAUCGUGACUAAUAAAUCAAUGCUGUUGAUCGUAAGUAUAUCGUGGAUGUUUCCAUCAGUUGCCACUCUCAUAUCUACAAUUAUUCUCAGCAGACUGUCAUUCUGCAAAUCCAUUGUGGUGAACAGUUUUUUCUGCGACUACGGACCCAUAUACAAUUUGGCUUGCAAUGACAACACUCCGAGUAAUGUGAUUCGUUGGACGUAUCCUGUGGUGUUUCUAUGGUUUCCGUUACUGUUUAUCAUAGGCACAUACAUUUCUAUAGCCAGAGCAUUAUUGAAAAUUGCUGCGGCAUCCGAGCGCCUCAAAGCCAUGAAAACCUGCAGCGCUCAUUUGAUCUUGGUGAGUGUGUAUUAUUUUCCUUUAUGCAUCUCUUUCGUACUGGGCUCCAGCAUUCACCAGAACAUCAGGAUUAUGAACAUGUGCCUGGCGACCGUCUUGCCACCGAUGCUGAAUCCAAUAAUUUACUCACUGAAGACGGAAGAAUUCAGAGAAUCCGUUAAGAAGCUGUACAAGCGAAAGAAGAUACACAUCACUGUAAGAAAUAAAUGAAUAAACGUUUCAAUCGUGAACGACUGACUGGGACGUUUGACUCUCACUUUCGGUGUAGGAGAGCACAGAAGACCACGUUCCGUCCUCUGAUAUACGUGAACGUCAAACCACUGCAGUCCACAGAAUUUGCUGUCGAACAGAA